AUGUUGUUUGCACUGUUUAUACUAAGUUCCCUAUAUGUUUCAAUAGUGAAUAGUUGGGGUCCAACUGGACAUUCACUUGUUGCUAAAAUUGCUCAAAGUAUGUUAACUAGUAAUUCAAAAAAAUUUGUUCAAGAUCAUUUACCAUGGUAUACAAAUGGUGAUUUAAGUAUGCUUGCUUCAUGGCCAGAUACAAUUCUAUAUCCAGAUACAAAUCCAGUUGAUUAUCUUAAUUGGCAAUGGUCACUAAAAUUACAUUUUGUCAAUACACCCGAUUGGAUUUGUAAUUAUGAUCGUAAUCGUGAUUGUGAUUGGACAAAUGAACAACGUUGUGUUGAUGGAUCUAUUCAAAAUUAUACAGAAAGAUUAGCUAAUACUAAACAAGAUAGUAUUCAACGUCAAGAAGCAUUGAAAUUUUUAGUACAUUUUAUUGGUGAUAUUCAUCAACCACUUCAUGCAGGUUUUUCUAGUGAUAAAGGAGGAAAUUUAAUUAAAGGUCGUUUCUUUGAUAAUACAACUAAUUUACAUUCUAUAUGGGAUACACUAAUGAUCGAACGUCGUAUUUCACUCGAUUUUCAAAGUGAUUCAAACAAAUAUUAUAAUUAUCUUCUUGAUAUAAUGCAUACAACAUAUAUGAAAAAUAUUUCUCAAUGGUCAAAAUGUCCAUCAAGUGAUGAAUCAAAAUAUUUAGCUUGUUCAACAGCAUGGAUUAAUGAAGAUGUAGCGUUAAAUUGUGCAUUUGUUUAUCGUGAUGAACAAGACAAACCAUUUAGUGUAUCACAACAAUUUCAAUUAGGCCAAAUCUAUUAUAAUACACGAAUAGGUAUUGUUGAAGAACGACUUCUUCAAAGUGGUGUUAGACUUGCAGCUGUCAUCAAUAAAAUCGUUGAAUUACGAAAACAUAAUGACAAAUCAUGUCCAGGAACAGUAUUAAUCGCUAUAGUUCUAUUUUUGGAAGUUUUAUUGGUACUCAUUUGUUUUAUAUGUUAUCUAAUUCGUCGUACAUUUCGCCGACAAUCAUUCGGUGAAACAUCUGAUAAUUACCAUGUUGUAAAGAGCUAA